AUGUCACGCGAGGUGAUUUCUUCGGCGGAUGAGGUUGCAAACAAUCCUUUGGUGAUUCAAGGAGUGACCGUUAAUCCCGACUUAACACCCGAAAGGUUUCUGGAAAAGGUCAAAGGACAUUUGCCUCGCCGUGGUAUGCUGGGCAAGGAUAUCUUCGAUAUCGUUGUUCAAGAAGAGGCAACGAACGAAAACGAUCCCAGGGUCUUAAGAGUCGCCUCCACAAAGCUGUGGUUAAAAACGGAUGCUCAGUUGAAAGAGGAUUAUAAGACGUGUGCAAUAUUAGUGAACAGAAAAAUUCACGAGCACCGAGUAAAGAUUUUUCGUCAAAAUUAG